AUGAGUUUUAAAUCGAAAGUCACAUUGAUCCCCUGGGAUCCUGACUCCACCGCCCACCGACAUGUCCUUCUUAGGCAGCGACAAGAAUGUACUUGGCACCAAGAAAAAGUCGAGAAAGAAUGGCGAGAAGCACAAUUAAAGGGUUCCAAAUGCAUUCAUUGGAUCCGCCAGGUAUUUCCCGAUGACUCACACAUCACUGAGCACAUGAGUUCGUAUCUUCGGUCCAAGAAAACAGAGGUCCUGCGGGAUACAGCACAGUUCAUUAAUGCUGCUCACAGGAAGCCAUCGCAGAGAGCUUUUAUCCCGAUUGGACAUAUAUCAUUGGACUCUAUGAGCCCGGAAUCAACCCACCUUAACCUGGAUAUCCCACGUGCUGGAGUCUUCUGGAUCAAAUCUUUCUAUGUUAGUCGCGCGUUGCAGGGCCAGGGGAUCGGUCGGGUGGCAAUGGAUGAGGUUGAGAAGAUGGCAAUUCGAGAUCCCUUGAAUGCUCAGACUUUGAUGCUGGAUUCCAUACAACGAGAUGAUUCUCUCCGAGAGGAAUUUGCCUUGGCGACACAGGGAUGUCUGCCAAAGGUCGUGAGCGAGGAUUGGUAUACUCGGCGAGGGUACCGCGUGAUUCGAACAGUACACAACUACUACAUCAUUGAGGACAGAAAGGGGAAAAUCUGGGAUACGAAGACCGUCUUUAUGAGAAAGGACAUUUGA